UUUGGUGCAGUUGUCACCGAAACGGACGAAGCUGUGGCUGAAUCCAAAUGCCCGGACUUCACCGAACCUGCUGACUCGCUGAUUUAACGGGCGCGUUCUCGGGAAGCCCUCUCCUCAGGUACCUGGGAAAGCAGGUAACCGGGGUGCUCUGCUUAUUCUGAGACCAUGAACGAGCAGCCAUGGACCAGAUCACCUUCCAUCACGAUACCGUGUUGUCAGACAUUCACAUGUUCCUGCCUAACGCACGCCACCUCAUGACACGCCUCAACCAUGUUGGACAGCCUGUCUUCAUCUCCAAAUUCAAGAUCUUGUCAGAUGUCGAAAGGCAUGACAACAACGACCCAGGGAAUUUAGAGGAGGAGGAGAAAUACGACGGGCGAAGGGAAGACCAGGGAAAAGACACAAAUGCCACCAAAGAAGAAGCCGCAGAGGAAGGCGGGGAUGGAAACGUGGAACGACGCUUGGAUGAGGACGGAGACCUUGACAUCACACGUCGACCGAGGAGAAACCCUGCAGAGGCGAGCAGCCGAGACUUGGUCUGUCCCAUCAUUCUCAAACAGUCCAACCCUGUGCUGGAACAAGAGGAGGAGGAGAAUGCGGAUGAAGAGCCCGAUGAGUGCUUCAAAGACAUUAUAAGGAUUGAGCACACUAUGGCCACACCUCUGGAGGAUGUCGGCAAACAGGUGUGGCGAGGGGCUUUCCUCUUGGCUGACUUCAUCCUGUCUGAGCCCGUCAUGUUCAGAGGAGCCACAGUCCUGGAGCUGGGAGCGGGGACGGGUUUAACAAGCAUCAUCAUGGCCACCUUAGCCAAAACGGUGUACUGCACAGAUGUGGGAGAAGACCUUCUGAGCAUGUGCAAGAGGAAUGUCACAUUAAACAGACACAUGGCGGAGCCUGCAGCAGGUGGUGAGGUGAGGGUGAGACAGUUGGACUGGCUCCAGCAUGAUCUUUGUACAGAUGCUGAUGUGGAAUUUAGCUGGACGGAGGAGGAAGUAGCGGAUAUGUACAACAACACUAGCUUCAUCAUCGCUGCUGACGCAGUUUGCUACGACGACGACCUGACGGACGGCCUGUUCCGAACACUGUACCGACUCUGCAGUAGCUUUACUCACGCCUGCACCAUCUUCAUCUCCAUGGAGAAAAGGAUGAACUUCACCCUGCGACACAUGGAUGUCUGCUGCGAGGCUUACAACCAUUUCAGCCGCUGUCUGUCCCAGCUCCAGGACCUGGUGGAUGGACGCUGCAGCUUCAGAGUGGAGCAGCUCCCUACUAACUUCACACAGUUUCUUGUGUAUGAACGCAUAGAGCAACUAGAGCUGUGGAAGGUGACUGCCACUCCACUUCUGUUUGAUCAGGCCCCAGUGUGAACAUACAAGGAGCUCCAGUUAACAGCUGAAGGUUUGAGAUGUAAAGCAUAGAGACUCAAAGCAGCAUCACCUCGUUUCUACCUGAGGAAAAUGAUCAGUGAUCUUUUAAACAUGUAGAGUUCAUUGAUGAGUUU